CGUUGAAUCAAUGUGCACAUGUGCGUGCCAAGUUGUGCUUUCAGCGUUUCCGCAGCCUGUAGAGAACGUGAAAUUUUACAAAUAUGGGCAAGAAAGCUAAAACCGGAAAGGGGAGGAAGGACAAGUUUUACAAAUUAGCCAAAGAAACCGGCUAUAGAGCACGUUCUGCUUUCAAACUCCUCCAGUUGAAUCGAAAAUUCCAAUUUCUACAGAAAUCCAGAGUUCUUAUUGAUUUGUGCGCUGCACCAGGAGGAUGGCUGCAGGUUGCAUCGAAUCACAUGCCUGUGUCCAGUCUUAUUGUUGGAGUGGAUUUAGUACCGAUAAGACCAAUACCAAAUACCAUUACUGUACAAGCUGAUAUCACAACAGAAAAAUGUAGAUCGCUUUUGCGCAAUGAGCUGAAAGAUUGGAAAGCUGAUAUUGUCUUGAAUGAUGGCGCACCAAAUGUGGGUAAAAACUGGUUGCACGACGCAUUCACACAAGCUUCACUUACCCUGAAAGCUUUAAAGCUAGCGAGUGAUUUUCUAACCCAGGGAGGAUGGUUUGUCACCAAAGUAUUUCGUUCUAAGGACUACCAACCAUUGAUGUGGGUCUUCAAACAGUUGUUCAAGAAGGUUCACGCCACCAAACCACCAGCAUCUAGGUCAGAGUCGGCUGAGAUAUUUGUGGUGUGUCAGGGUUACAUUGCUCCUGAUAAAAUAGAUGCAAAAUUUUUUGACCUGCGACAUAUUUUCAAAGAAGUUGCAGCAGAACCGAAGAAAGUUACGGUUUUAAAUCCUGAGAAAAAGCGAAAGAAGGCAGCAGAAGGUUAUGAUGAAGGAGAUUAUACGUUAUAUCAAACGAAGACGGUUGGUGAUUAUUUUAAAACCGAGAAUCCACUGGAUAUGCUAAGCACUGUCAAUGAGGUAUGGACCUUUGGUGAUGACAACGCCAUCGCUAAGCACUCCUUAACAACACCAUUUUACAUCAAAGUACUCGGUAAAAAAGAUAUCAGGAGUCUUUUAAACUGGAGAAAGAAAAUACUGAAAGAAACCGAGACACCUAAAGAAGAAAAAGAAAGUGAAUCCGAAGAUCUGGAUAGUGAGGAAGAAAUAGAGGCCCAGCUUGAUAAGUUGAAACAAGAAGAGAAAGCCGAUGCUAGAAGGAAAAAGAAACAGCUGUUAUCUAAGAGACGGAAAUUGAGAGAGAGGCUGGCAUUAAAGAUGGACUUACCUAAUGAUACGUUAGACUUUGGUACAGAUGAAGCUAUGUUCUCAUUGGCCAAAAUUAAAAGCAAAGAACAAUUGUCAGAAGUCGGCAAAGGUGACAUCAAUUUUAUGGAUGAGGAAGCAGAAGAUUCGGAAGAGGAAUUACAGUUUGAGUCUGCCAGUGAGGAUGAAUCUGAUGAUGGAACACAAAACCAAAAUGAUAGAGAGAAGGAUUGGGAUGACUCUGAGGAUAGUGACGAUGAAGAUGACAGCGAAGAUGAAGAUGAAGAUGAGAGUGAAAAUGAUGUGGAGGUCGACAAGAAUCCACUGAUGGUGGAUUUAGAAGAUAAAGACACUAAAAAAGAAAGACAAACAAAAUUAUGGUUUGAUAAGGAUUCAUUUGCUGGGGUGGAGCUGGAUGAGGAUGAAGACAUUGAGAUAGCCGAAAUGACCAAACGUUAUAAACAAAAAGGAGGAGUUGUGCUAGAUAAAACCACUAAAAAAGAUAUUUCCAAGAAUCAAUCGAGUGGUAAGAAAGUAAGAUUUGACAAGACAGUUACAUUGAAGUCAGACGGAGAAGAAGAAUCAGAAUCCUUGUCAGAUGAUGACAGUGACUAUGAUGAUGAUGUCCUAAUGAACGGGGUUUCAUCACCUGAAGGAAAGGGGCAGACUGGUAAUAAAGAUAGCAGUGAUUUUGAGGUCGUCAAAGCAAAGGAGCCAGCUAAGAAGUCUCGUAAACUCAGCGCUGAAGGAAUGGCCUUAGGUUCAUUGCUCAUAUCAUCAAAGAAAAACAAAAGAAACCUUGUAGAACAUGCUUUUAAUAGAUAUACUUUUAAUGAUGACCAUCUUCCUGAUUGGUUCGUUGAAAAUGAAGCGAGACACUGCAAACAACAAACUCCAGUUACAAAGGAAAUGGUGGCUGAAUACCGAAUGAGAUUGAAAGAAAUCAAUGCAAGGCCCAUCAAGAAAGUGGCAGAAGCAAAAGCUAGAAAGAAGAGGAAAAUGCUUAAAAAAAUGGAGAAAGCAAGAAAAAAAGCUGAGGUGAUAUCCGACACAGUAGACAUGUCAGAUCGAGAGAAAGCAAAUCAUAUUAAAAGUUUGUACAAAAAAGCAGGCCUUAUGGAUAAGAAAAAGAAAAACGUUCAUUAUGUUGUGUCGAAGAAAAGUUUAGCUUCAAAGAAAGCGAGACGACCUGCUGGAGUCAAGGGACCUUACAAAGUUGUUGACAAAAGAAUGAAAAAAGAAGUACGCGCUAAGUUGAAGAAAGAAGCCAAGAGGAAGAAGGGGAGGAGCUCAAAGAAGUAACCGUACUGCAUUUGCAACGUUCACUUUAAUUGGUGGAAAUUUUUCAUGUGGAUGGUUAUCAGCCAAUCAGUUGAAAUGUAACACACAUACAUGACUGACUUGAGGUAGACUAAAUUAUUCAUGAUGCUGGUGAUAUUGCACCAAAAAUAUCCAGGCGAUGAAAUGAUAGAAUGUUGUACCUUUUUUACUUGUCCUUGAAAACUACAUAAAAUAGUAUGUAAUCCU